AUGGACUUAAAAUUCUUUAAUAUGACUAGUGAAACAGUUAAUAGAAUAAAUGUAUUAAAGAAAGAAUUUGACUCGUUUUCAGGUUGUCCAGGAGAAAGUACAAAGAGUAUCAUUGAGAGGUAUAGUCAUCUUGUUCGCUCAAUGUCUGAGAAGGGUAUUCAGAAAAAUCCAAAUGAAUGGGUUAAGAGAUUAGCCAAUUCCAUACCUCAACAAGAAUGGGGUACAUAUCUGUUGGAUUUAAAAAGAAAUGGAGAAUACUCUAGAUUGUCAAUUUGUCAAUUCAUUCAGAAGCUUGAAGAACAAAUGGAGAACAAUGAUGUGAAUAAGAAGAAUCAAGAAGAAAAAUCUGUUUCAUCCGAUGAAAGUUCAGAAGAAUCAAUUGUUGUUGAUCAAACAUCAACUGAUUCUGGUUCUUCAGAUGAAAGUUCCGAAAGAGCAUUCGUUUUUGAUCAAACAUCAUCCAACUCUGGUUCUUCGGAUGAUAGUUCUGACAAAUUAGUAGAGUUUAUUGAAGCAGAGACUGAAGCUGAGAAAGUUGUUGAAGUGGAAAAAAUCAUAGAGAUCGAAAAGAUUGUUGAAGCUGGAUCAUGGAAGGUGUAUAAGUUUGUCGAGGAGCACAAUCAUGAACUUGUUGAAUGUCCUGAUAAGCAUUUUCUUCUAACUGAACGACACCUCACUCAGCUCCAGAAGCAUGUUAUACACAGCAUGUCUAAGCUGAAUUUGGGUCCCGUCAAGGCGUUUAAUACUAUGAAGACUUGUUUUGGGGGUUUUAAAGACGUGGGUGCAAGUAAAGUUGAAUAUAAGAACUAUAAGAGAUACUCUAUGGUGUUUGUACCUUUCACUGGUAUAGACAAUCAUCACUGCAAUGUUACAUUUGGUGCAACAUUAUUGACGUCGGAAACUACUGAUACGUAUAUUUGGUUGUUGAGAGUUUUUCUAAAAGCUGUUGGUUUUCAACCAAAAGUUGUUGUCACUGACCAAGAUCCAGCAAUGAAGAAGGCUAUUUCUGUUGUUGGUGUUAGGUUAUGCAAUUCCACCAAUUUUAAAGAACGUAUUUGUGGUGUUGUGUGGACGGAUAUUCUCACAACUGUAGAGUUUGAAUCAGAAUGGGAAGCGGUUAUCACAGAGUUCAAUUUGGCAGAUAAUGACUGGCUAUCUGAUAUUAUUGCACUUAGGGAAUCUUGGAUGCCUGCAUAUUAUAGAAUGGAGGAGAUGUUUGGUCUUAUGCGAACGACAUCGAGGUCGGAGAGUGAGAAUCAUUUUUUUGGUCAAGUGUGCAAUUCGAAAGCUACUCUUGUUGAGUUCAUGACGCAUUACGAGACUGCAAUAGAAGCACAGCGUCACACACAUCGGAAAAAUGAUCAUGAAUCUCGAUACAAAAAACCCCAGUUGAAGAGUAGUUACAAAUUGUUGGAAGGGCAAGCUGUUGACAUAUACACAAAAAGUAUUUUUUGUGAUGUUCCAGCUGAGCUUAUUGGAGUUGUGAAUUGCAUAAAUCAACGUUACGAAGAUCAGUCUGAUGGGUUUGUUAAGUUUUACGUAAAUGACUUCCAACAGCCUUACAAACAUUCUAUGCAUGGCGUUAUAGAGAUAUUGUUUUUAGUGUUUUUCAGGGAAUUUCCAAAACAAUACAUUCUGAAUAGAUGGCGCAAAGAGGCUUCCCCAAACUGCUCUCCUGAAUACUCAAUUAAUCAUGAAUAUAUGACCGAGCUUGAUCCUGAUGUGCAAAGUAUGAUGCGGGAUAUUAUUUUUUCAACGGAAUAUACUUUGAACUGUUUAUCUGGUAAUAAAGAGGAGCUAUCCUUAUACAAGGAUCAUGUUCAAUCUUAUAUGAAGAAGGUUCAAGAUAUGCAGAUUGUUGCUCCUCCCGCUAGUACUUGGGAUAGAUUUGCCGAGAUAACCGGUCAAUAUAAAAACGACAAGAAUCCGAUAAGAGUCCCUGUUGGGUAUAAAUCCAAAGGUUCUGGUCCUCGGAAGUGCCUGAAAUCUAAACAGAAGAUAGCAAUCAACAAAAAGAAAUCAAAGUCGAAACCCGGGGCCAAAGAAAGACAGUGUCAGAACUGCAAAGGCUAUGGACACGACGCAUCGACAUGCAAACAGGCCGUAAUUAAAAGAAGAUCGACAAGGUCUUAG